GCGUAUGCUUUACGUCAGCGUUGUUUACGCGUGUCUCUCUCAUUCUUGUUCAGUGUCGUUCGAUUACCACUAGUGCUGAUUGAAAUGGCUGGCGGCAAGGCAGGCAAAGAUUCCGGCAAGGCAAAAGCCAAGGCUGUUUCUAGAUCUGCACGAGCUGGUCUACAGUUCCCGGUAGGUCGUAUCCACAGACACCUGAAGAACCGCACCACCUCACAUGGCCGCGUGGGUGCCACUGCUGCAGUCUACAGUGCUGCCAUCCUCGAGUAUCUUACAGCUGAGGUUUUGGAGCUGGCGGGCAAUGCGUCGAAGGACUUGAAGGUGAAGCGUAUCACGCCGCGGCACUUGCAGUUGGCCAUCAGAGGAGACGAGGAGCUUGACUCGCUCAUCAAGGCCACCAUUGCUGGCGGUGGUGUCAUACCUCACAUCCACAAGUCCCUCAUUGGCAAAAAAGGCUCCCAAAAACCAGUCUAAAUCAGUAUAAUUAAGUAACUGACGAAGCUUAGGGAAAGAGUGCUUGUUAAUCUAAGAAGGUGCGUGCCUGUCGACUUGUUCUUGUGAGAGCGCAAUUUUUCAGCUUAUAAUUUUUGCUUAAGGGUGAACGCGAGAUUGAGUGAGUGACUGUAAGGGUCAUACUGACACUGCCACGAGGCGUUGCUCCGUGGGAAGCAAAUGCUUCCCUGGAGCACUCGCUUCCAUUAUCUUAGUUCCCAAUAAUUUAAUUUAUGUAAGUUACGCCCUCUUCUUGAUACAAAUUAAAUUUGUCCAACGGAAGUUAAAAAUUAUUUUCAUGGAUGACGAGAUGUCUAGAGUGUGAUUUUAUAAGGCGAAUUUUGUGCUUUGAGCCUGUGGUGAAGUUUGUGAUGCUUUGGAAGAAAUGUUUAGAUAAUAUUUAGUGGUGGAGGGGAGCAGAAAAGAAAAGCUGUAGCAGCUACAGCACCAAUCUCGCCCCACUCCGAGAUUGCAUCUCAGUACAACUAGUUGCUAACACGGCCUCACUUUCCAUUCGUCUGCGUUUUUUCUAUCACGUUUUAGCAUUGAUAAGUAUUUUAUAAGGCAAUUGUGUAUUUAGUCCAUAAUAUAGUGUAUAGUGCUUUUUGCAA